ACCCAAGCGGCUAGGGAACCUGUCCGCGACUCGCCCCUUCCGACGCCGAUACGGCGAUACCGACCCCGUUCGAUCCCUCAUUCUUACGCCGGCCUGGAGCCCUCAGCUCAGCCCUCGGGCUCGGCAGACCAUCUCGGCUGCUCGCCUACUCCCUAGUCCCUACUCCCCACGGUCAUUCUCGUGCAGCCGGGCCGGCGGCACCGGAACAGGGCGCAGCCGGAGCAGCGGCGCCUUGUGCUUGUGCCACUGCCCACAUCCAGCGGUCUGGCGCCUCCACUGUUCUAUUCCUUUUCGUCUGCUCCAAUCCAGCUGCGGCCUCUAAUUUGUGGAGGUGGAACUUGCUUCUUUGAGCGAAAGCAUCCGUCGAUUAAUCCGAAAAGUCUUCAGAGCUAGUAACCAUGCCCCUGCUCCGCAACUCCAAUCCCUCCACCAUGAAGAUAUCCUGGGGUAAGAAUUCCAAGGUUAAGAAACAGUCGGUGGUAGUAUCAACUAUACCAGGCCUACCAUUUGGAGUGGGGAGUGACAACGAUGAGGUUGAAAGGGAGGAAAAAUCAGAUGCAAACACAAACUGUCCUGGAACAAAGCCAGUUGAAACUGCUGAGUUGCUCCAGAGUCAGGGAGACAAGCUAGCCGAGGAAGGGAAGUACCAUGAAGCACUUGCUAAAUGGGAGGCUGCGCUUAUCUUGACACCUGAUAAUGCAAUACUUCAUGAGCAGAAAGCUCAGGUUUUACUUGAAGUGGGGGAUGCAUGGCGUGCACUGACAGCAGCAACCAGAGCAACAGAACUGGAUCCAUUUUGGCCUGAGGCUUGGGUUACCCUUGGUAGAGCACAGCUAAAUUUUGGGGAGCCAGAUUCAGCUAUACUGACUUUUGACAAGGCGUUAGCUAUCAAGCCUGAUUAUAACGAUGCAAAAGCUGACCGAGAAACUGCUGCUCGUCUAGUCAAGAAACGAGGGCAGCUGCAUACAUCAGGGUUAAGUGCUAACAAGAGACGCUUCACAGUUGGGGAGUACCCAGAGAAGGGUGCAGAGGGCGAAGAAAAAGGGAAAGAAACAGCUGUAUAGUCCAGUUAGUCUGCUCCCUUUUAAUCCAGGUGUGGCUGUCCUAGAAUGGAGGGAGCUCAUGUAAGAUGUAACCGUUUCAGGAUUCUGCUCUAAUUUUGCAUGUCAGGAUUCUGGAUCUCUGAGCUUCUCGGUUGUGACAAAGCUGUAUCAUCGCUCUGUGAAACUAUAAGGUAUAUAGAGGUCUAGAAGGUGAGUAUCGUGAAGCCAUGUGGUGUUUGUGCAUAUUCCUGUGAGCCAUGUGCUAAUGUGCCUCGUUGGCCCGGCUUAUUAUCAGUGUCAAUGUAGACCGAUGGGCCAGCUAAUUUGUUAGAAUCUGUAACAAGCCUUUUUAACUGGCAGCUUCUAUGCAGUGUCACAAGGAUUGUUGACUAUUUAGGAAAGAGAGGAAUGUGACCGUGUGAGAGAAAAAUGUUGUUUGUUCUGCGAAGCUAUAAAAUUUUGGACUAUGAGACUAUGUACAAGCAUCAUUUUACAAGUUGCUA